ACCUUGAUAGAGUUUCGCUUACCAAAAAAAGUAACUUAGUAGGGUUUUUCGCUUAACUCACUCACUCACUAAACUCUCAAACCCUAAUCCCAAAUUCUCAAAUGGCACCAAAGAAACGCCCCACUUCUCCUCUCGAGGAUGAUCAGAAACCUUCAACCCAAAAGCAACCAGAAGACAAAGUAGCUCACGAAGAAGAAGAUGAAGAUGAUUCAUCCGAAGAAGAAGAAGAAGAAGAAGGUUCAUCAUCUGAAGAAGAAGAAGAAGAAGAAGAAGAAGAAAAAGAUCAAUCUCAAACCGCUUCCAAAAACCCUCCACCUUCUACUCCUAUCUCAAACCCUAAACCGGCUUCUGAAUCUGAAUCCGAAUCUGGAUCAGAAUCCGAAACUGAUUCCCAACCAGAACCAACUCCACCUCUUAACCCCAAAGUUGUUAAACCAGACGCUUCCAAGCCAAUGAAGGCCCAACCAAAGGCCCAAACCCAGGCCCAAACAUAUUCUAUACUAGCCAGAUCUGGAACUAAACGUGCCGCUGAAAACGAAAAUGACUCAAACCGUUCAAAGAAGAAAACAAUCGCCGUUGCCGUCACCACCGGUGGUGAUUCCAACGACGAGAAUGAGAAUGAGACUGAGAAAGACGUGAAAUUGACUGGUGAAGACUCAAAGAAGAAUACUCAGAGACUUUUCAGCGAACAAGAUGAGCUUACUAUUCUCAAAGGACUCGCUGAUUUCAUUUCCAAAACUAAAAAGGAUCCGUUGAAGGAUGCAUUGGCAUUUCAUAGUUUUGUGAAGAAAUCGCUUAGCGCUGAAGCUAGCAGCGCACAAUUGAAGAGGAAGGUUCGUACAUUGAAGAAGAAGUUUGAAACUAGUGACAGUUUCACUAAACCACAUGAUAAGAAAGCGUUCAAGCUUUUCAAGAAGGUUUGGGGUAAUACUAGUGCAAAUGAAGCUGAAGAAAAUGGAAAAAUUACAAAGGGUGCUAAGAAAGAAUUAGUUAUAUCUAAUAAGAAGGAAGCUGCAAAAGUGAAAACUGUUGUUGAUAAUAGUUUGAUUGUGAGUGAACUGUUUCGUUUUGGUGUUUUUGCUGGUUCGUCUGUUUUGAAUAAGGAUGCUAUGGAAAGGUUGUUGGAAUUGAUCGAGGAAUCGAAGAGGGUUGAAUUCGUGGAAAAGUGGAAGCAGGUUCAAAUUGCUGAAAUGGAGUUGCUUGUGAGACGUUCACAGCUGGCUAAGGAACAAUCUAACUUGUUAUUGCAGGCACUCAAGAAAUCAAGCAAGUAGGAGUUUCUUUGUUAGGUAUAGUUUUGUGGUUAAUGUGGUCUUGUUUUGGAACUGUUAUCCGUUUAUUAAUGUAGCAAUUUUGAAUCUAUCUUAUGGUCUUUUAGGUUGACAUUUGAUAACAACUGUGAAUCUGUGAUGUUUUGAUUAUCGGCUACAUGAAAUGAAAUUAUUAUGGUUUAGGAA